GCAUAAGGCAGUCCCAGUACCUUUAAGGUAGAACUGGGUGUAUGAGCGGGGCAUGCAGACACAGUUUUCAGCUGGGUGAGGAUAGGGGAAGAACUGAUGUUUCUUGAUUGAUCUCAGGGCUGUUCUUACACUUGCGGGGGGCUCUGUUGGCUCUUCCUUGUGAAGGGUGUAUGCGUUAUCUUUCCUGUGCCCUGGCCGGCCUUGCUUUUUCUAAAGUGAUGACCUUGAGGACCUUCAAGCUUAGGAGCUUUCAGAGCCGGAUUUGCCACCUGGGAGCGGAACCUGAUAGUAGCGCCCUCCUCGAGCGCUCCAUAGUCACUCUGUCCUUCCUCUUGCUCUCUUCCUGACGUUAGCAGAGGACUGGGACUCGCGAGAGAGGACUCACGGACCUCCAAGACCUAUUAACUUGACAGACCCGCCCCUCUAUUCGAGCCAGCCCAACUCGGAGAACUCAGAGUCAUCCUCGAGAGUAAAGAAAGCUCUUAGAGUUUUUUUUUUUUUUUUUUUGACAAAUCUAUCUUAAAUGUCAGUCCAAUAUCCACGGCGACGAGCCACAGCAGGUGAGAAACCUGGAAAUGAGCCUGAAGAGGUGAAGCUGCAGAAUGCCAGCAAACAGAUUGUGCAGAAUGCAAUCCUGCAAGCUGUGCAGCAAGUCUCCCAGGAGAGUCAGCGCAGAGAAGAGAGAAUCAGUGACAACCGGGACCACAUCCAACUGGCCGUUGGGGAGUUAACCAAGAAGAACGAAAAGAAGUAACAUGGUGGAUUUGGCUCUUGACAUGUGCUUGGUUUCUAGCCUUCCUCUUAGUAUAGGACGCAUCUCCAAAAUGUUGCCAGUAAAGCAAACCGAAGUGUCACCGGCACCUAGCUGUAGAAUGAAUUCGCACUAGCCCCUGGCUGAGAAGCACUGUUUUGAAAAAGUGCAUUAGACGAUUCUGUUCAUAUUUAUGCAGUGCCUCUGAGACAUAGUGGGGCCAAAUAUGACACUGUAAUUGCAAAAGUAGUUUUGCAGGCCAAUUUAUUUUUAAAGUUCUUUUAUUUGAAAAAAAGAAUUCUAUGUCUCGUUUAUUUACUUCUGCCUUUUAUGCGUUCCUUCUGUGAAUUUAACAAGCAGCCUUUUUGCUGAAAUACUGAAUACAGUACUGAGUUCUUUAUGAUAUAUUAAAAAGACAUGCUAGAAAGGUGAGGGAAUGGAGUUUUAGUUACCUUCAAAUGUGAAAUUGAAGGCUUUAAGUGGGUUCAGGUCUAAGAUCAAAUUAAGAAAAGGGAAAUUCUAAGGCUGAGUCCCUCGGGACCAUACCAACGCAUUUGCUAAUAUUUAUGUUAUUUUAAGAAAGGGAGGAGUUUAAGUUUCUCAAGAACUCAGUCCUUUAGUCUCAAUUCUCUGAAUGAUUUCAUAAUUGGUGUUUAUGCUCUGUGUAGAAAUCUUUUGGGAAUAUUAUGGAUUUCUUUUCUCAUCUCAAGAUUAAAUAAAAUAAGACAAGCGAGUCUA